CUAGCAGCAGAAGAAGAGUCUGGCCGAUGGUUUGUUUCCGCCAGUGCGUGACCAGAAGCAGCUUUUGCACCUCGUGAAGGAAAGAGAUCCCUUCAACAGCGUAAUCAUGCCGAUGUUUGUGGUUAACACCAAUGUGGACAAAAGUCAGGUGGCGGCGGCUCUGCUGACCGAGGCUACCGAGGGUCUGGCUAAAGCCAUGGGCAAACCUGAACAGUACAUUGCUGUGCACAUCAACCCUGACCAAAAGAUGAUGUUUGGAAAGAAGGAAGACCCCUGUGCACUGUGCUUUCUUUACAGUAUUGGGAAGAUUGGCGAUGCUCAAAACAAGAAGUACUCUAAACUACUGUGUGGACUGCUCAACAAACACUUGGGCAUCCCCGCAGACAGGAUUUAUAUAAAUUUUGUAGACAUGGACCCAGCCAAUGUGGCAUGGAACAACACAACAUUUGGCUGAAAUUGGUGACAUCAAGCUGCAAUAAAAAUACCAUUCCAGUUUCCUUACAAACCCAGAAACCACAACAACAACAAAAACCAUCACCUGCUAUCUACUCUCCAAUAUACUGUAUGAUUACCUUCAUAGCACUUGGAUGGGCCCUGUAGCUUUGCACUUAUACUUUUUCAUUUAAAUGCAAUAAAGCAAAUACUGCAGAUAAUAA